UAAGUAGUAGUGAGAGAAGGUGUAAUGAGAAAGGAGGUGUGUGUUUUUGCAGAGUGAAGGCGACCAUCAGAGUUGGUGUUUGUGUGUGUGAAUGUCUAAAGUGUGGUGUCAGGUGUGUGAGGAUUUCUGCAGAUACCUUUUGUCAAAAUGGACAUGGAUGAUAUUUCAGUGCUUAAAGCAGACAUCGACAGAAAACUGGAGAAGGAGAUGUACAAUCUCUCUGUACUGAAGGAGUCUCUUAAUAAAAGCAAUACAAAUACACAGAACAUGUUAGCCAUCUUAAACAGUUUUGAAACAAGAUUAUGCAAGCUAGAAAACACAAUUCUCCCAGUAUAUCAAGAAACAGAAAACUUAAGAAGACGUCAAGAAAACAUUGAUAAAACAAUGUCAACUCUUGACAAUGUACUUGGAUAUUAUCAUAUAGCUAAAGAUCUAGAGUUUGCCAUCAAGGAAGGACCAAUUGCCAGUGGGCUGGAGAAAUAUCUGGAACAUAUGGAAAGUGUUCUGAAAGCUGUUCGCUAUUUUAAAGAUCACAAUCCAGGUAGCUUGGAACUGACAGAAGUAGUUCAGUUAUUUGAAGAUGGUAAAGAAGUGCUUGGUAAAGAAUUUGAGUCUCAGUUAUCCAGAUAUGGUAAACCUGUUCCCCCUAUUCUCAUUCUGGAUAUGUUGGGAACUGAUGAAGAGCUUCAAUCAGGCAAUGGAGAACCAGAUAUACUUGAACAUCUACCAGAAAAGGUGGCGAAAGAACUUGGCGACAUCAGUAGAUGGCUAGUAACCAAUGGCAAUACGACGAAUUUCCUUAAUGUUUACACAUCGUCCAGAUCUGACAUACUUGUGCGAUCAUUACAUGGUCUUAAAGAGCACUUGAAAUCGGCUAGUGGUAGUAGCAACUGUGGAUACACUCAACAUUCCCCUGCUUUAACUGGAAAAAUACGUCCAACAAAAGAAAUGACACCCUGGAAAGCACUAAAGUUUCCUGGAUAUCUGAAGAAAGCCUCUACAUCUCUCAUCAAAUCCUCAUUUGAAUCUGGUCAUCGCCGAACCGGCUCAUCUACAGAAGGUGUAAAAGAAGACCCUGCUGAGAUUGAGGUGGAGUUUUACAUUACAGAGAUGACUGCUUUGCUCAAGUUAAUGCAAAGUGAAGCACAACUAAUGAAUGGUAUUAUUCCAGAAAAAUAUCAGCGUAUGGAGUUUGAUAAAGUCAUUCUACGAGCACUAGAGAUGGUGGUUAGUGAAGGAGAGGCUAUAGCUACAAAUGCUAAAAAGAACAUUGCUCGUCAUGAAUACACAUCAGUUUUGUCAAUAUUUCCUAUUGUACAGCAUUUACGCUGCAUUAAACCACAAUUUGAUCUUACUUUAGAGGGCUGCCAAGCUCCAACAAGAUCUAAGUUGGCAUCACUGUUAUCUGUACUGGACUCUACAGGUGCAAAAGCUUUGGAUGAUUUCAUAGAAAACAUCAAAAUAGACCCUGAGAAAGUCUCAAAUAUGCCCAAAGAUGGAACUGUCCAUGAGUUAACAAACCAUACAAUCAUAUUUCUUGUCCAACUAAAAGAAUAUGCUGAGACAGCUGGUGCAAUGUUAAUGAAAUAUGGAGUGUCUACCGUUGUCUUCAGCUUUACAGUAUCAUUUUUAGCCACUGAUCCAUCAGCGCCAUCUGUUGGCAAGGACACUGAAAAAAGUAAACUGAAACUUGCAGAUUACAUCACUAAAGUUCUCUCUGAGUUGGGUCUGAACUUGACCAAUAAGUCAGAAACUUACAGUGACCAAACUCUAAAAUAUAUAUUUCUUUUGAACAACUAUAAUUAUAUUAUCAAAUCCCUCAAGACAUCUGGUCUUUUGGACUUUAUUCAUUUGUGGAAUAAAGAUGUUGGCACAUUCUAUGACAAUAACAUCACUGAACAAAAGAAAAAUUAUUCUCAAAGUUGGAGCCGAGUUCUACAUUAUAUUUUGGAAGUUCACAAACCAAUUUCUGUUCAACGAGCACAGCAACCAGAACUAGCUAAGCUAAAAGAUAAAGAAAGACAAAAUAUUAAAGAUAAGUUUACUGGUUUCAACAAAGAAUUAGAAGAGAUUUACCGCAUUCAAAAAAGCUAUGCUAUUCCAGACCUCGAUUUAAGACAGUCAUUAAAGAAAGAAAACAAAGAUUACAUCCUUCCAAUGUACCAAAUGUUUCGAGACAAAUAUACUCAGUUGAACUUCACAAAAAAUCCUGAUAAAUAUAUCAAAUACUCCGUAGAAGAUGUUGGCAAAAUGAUCGAUAAAUUUUUUGACGCAUCUGCUUAACUUAGAUUACAUACUUUCAUCAAGUAUUUUUGUUUCUUUAUAUUAGCAUGACUCGACAUACUCUCACUACAGAUAAUGCUACAAAAUCUCAGGCCAAGAAGGUUGCUGUCUCAUUAAAGUGCUGAGUAUAUUAAUGUUUGAUUGCAUUUCUAGAGACUCUGUGUUUAGCAAGAUAUUGAACAGAACCAUUUGAUGACCAGAAGAACUCUUGCAAAGUGCUUUGGAAUUUUUGUCAUUUGUUAGUUGUUAUGAUUAUUUCAUUUUAAAUUAAGCUUUAAUUUUGCUUAUUAUUUAAAUGAAUUACGUAUUUAAUAAAAUAAUAUUUAUGAUU